GGAAACUAGUUAUUCCCAUUCUCCCAUUUGACUUCGAACGCAACAUUGCUAUCACGCUUGUCGCUGUCGUUAGGUGGCUAACGCUAGUUAGCUAACCUGUCACUUACAUCUACUUUCUAAUUACCAACCGGUAUAAUUAUGUCUUUUAAAAGGGAAGGCGAUGACAAGAGUCAACUGAACAUCCUGAAGAAACGUCGUGUGGCGGAUCUCCUGUCUAAUUUUAUACCGGAGGAUGAAGCAGCUCUGAUGAAGAAUGGAAGAUACACUUGCCUUGUGUGCUCCUACCGGCCUGUGUUUGAUACUGUUGACAUGCUGACAGUCCACAGGAAGGGGAAAAAGCACCUGGAAGGAUUAAAAGGAUUCUAUGGCAAGAAAGCACGACUGAAGAAUGAAAUAACGAAAAGACAACAUGAAAACUACGUCCAAACUGAAGACAAAAGACAGGAACCUUCGUGUUCAGCACCGUUACUGGAACAGACGAGGAAGCUUACACAUCACGCUUUAUUGAAAACUGUACCAUACAACAGCUGCCAUAGAAUAACCAGUACUAAAGGACAACAGCGCAUCGGCUCAGAUCCCAUCCACAACACAUCCAGCAAAGCGACAUCUGAACAGGAGAAAUCCCGUCAGAAAACUGAAGUUUCAAGCAGUUUAUCACAAAGCAGCUCUAGUGGCUGCACAGCAGACAAUAAAGGUUUACAUUCAUCUGAGGAUGUGACAGCAUUCCAGGCUGCAGUGAAACAGGAAGCAGAGCCUCUAACCGCCCAGAGGAGGAGAGAGCUGGAGCACUACCUCAAAUUGAAAAGUCAGGGGUGGCUGCAGGACCGGAGCGGCCAGUGGGUUAAAGACGAGAACGUGGAGUUUGAUUCUGACGAGGAGGAGCCUCCUUCACCUGCCCCCCAACCUGAAGGUCACUGAGAAAACUUAAGAACUGUGGGAAAACACGGAUUAAUCUUGCACCACAGUGGAACAUUCAGAAGUCACAUUGCUGUUUGAAACAGACGGAGCUCCAUGUGCAAAGGACUUAAAGAUACAUCAACCUUUCACCGAAUUACAAGGUUUUUCUUGUGCUGAACGCUCAUGUAGUGUUAGUUACCAGGUCAUCAGCUGCAAGUGUUGGUGCUUUUAUUGUGCUUUAAUUUAAUGAAAUAACAUGUCUUUAUGUUUUGUUAUACGAAAUUCAUUAUACUUGAACUUCCUGCAAAUGUUGGUACAACAUCAACGGACUUUAAAACAUAAAGAUUUGAAAAGAGAGUACUAUUUUUGAACAUGUGUUGUCUUUCCUCUUUCUUUCUUUGGUUUUCUCCAAUUGUCUGGAGGACAUUAAAGGAUAAUUCCAAUUUA